AAGCUCCCGCGUUGUGUACAUAACGUCUGGUCCGCGUGAUGGCCAUUUCCAGUAACUAAAUUUGUAGUCUCCUCCUCCUCCGAUCGAUACCUAACUCACCGCCGGAGCUCCGCCGCAAUCAUGGCGAUUCGCCACCUGAUCAAGCUCACCGGCCGUUCCAGAAGGCCGAUGUAUGACUUCACCUCGCGCUUCGCUGUCUCCACCGCGGUCGCUUCCUCGACGGCCGAGCCGCUCCCCUCGCCGCCGCCUCCAACCGCCAUGAUCUACGAUCGAUUAGCUGAAUCUGUUAAGCACAAGCUGAGAAGACUCGAAGACCCGGAGCCACGCUUUGUGACGCACAAUUCACCUCAUCCAUCAGUAGUUUCUCACACGGAUUUCCUAGCCGCUCCUCUCACGCGUGUAACCACCCUCCCCAACGGCCUCAGGAUCGCCACCGAGUCGAAUCUCGCCUUGAAAACAGCCACUGUUGGUGUCUUCAUCGACGCCGGAUCGAGGUUCGAGAGCGAAGAAUCCAAUGGAACCGCACAUUUUCUGGAACAUAUGAUAUUCAAGGGGACGGGGAGGCGGAAUGCGAGUGGACUCGAGGAGGAGAUUGAGAACAUAGGCGGUCAUCUGAAUGCGUACACUUCUAGGGAACAGACGACGUUCUACGCGAAGGUGAUGGACAAAGACGUGCCACAUGCGCUCGAUGUUUUGGCUGACAUUUUACAGAAUUCAAAGUUCGAAGAGAGUAGGAUUAUCCGGGAAAGGGAGGUUAUACUCCGUGAGAUGGAAGAGGUGGAAGGACAGACUGAGGAAGUUAUUUUCGAUCACCUACAUGCCACUGCGUUCCAGUACACUCCUCUUGGUAGAACUAUUCUUGGACCUGCUGAAAAUGUCAAAAGGAUUGGCAAAGAACAUCUACAGAAAUACAUCUCAACUCACUACACUGCUCCGAGAAUGGUAAUUGCUGCUGCUGGAGCUGUUAAGCACGAAGACAUUGUUGAGCAAGUGAAAAAGCUAUUUACAAAGCUGUCGACAGAUACCACGUCAACUUCUGACCUCGUUGCUGCAGAACCUUCAGCAUUCACAGGCUCAGAGGUUAGGUUGAUUGAUGAUGAUAUUCCUCUUGCCCAAUUCUCGAUUGCUUUUGAAGGGGCUUCUUGGACAGAUCCAGAUUCAAUAGCUCUGAUGGUCAUACAGUCCAUGCUGGGUACUUGGAAUAAAAAUGCUGGUGGUGGGAAGCAUAUGGGUUCCGAGCUAGCUCAAAUGGUUGGCAUCAAUGAAAUCGCGGAAAGCAUGAUGGCUUUCAAUACCAACUACAUAGACACUGGUCUGUUUGGUGUUUAUGCUGUCGCUAAGCCGGAUUGUUUGGAUGACUUGUCCUAUGCAAUAAUGUAUCAACUUACCAAGCUAUGCUAUCGAGUAUCGGACGCUGAUGUGAUUCGUGCACGCAACCAGUUAAAAUCUUCACUGCUGCUUCACCUGGAUGGGACUAGUCCGAUUGCUGAAGACAUUGGGCGCCAGUUGAUCACAUAUGGUAGAAGGAUCCCAUUUGCUGAGCUAUGUGCAAGAAUAGACUCUGUAGACGCCGGCACUGUCAAACGUGUUGCAGACAGGUUUAUAUUUGAUAAGGAUGUUGCCAUUGCUGCCGUUGGGCCUAUCCAGAGCUUGCCCGACUACAACUGGUUCAGGCGCAGGACCUACUGGCUCCGAUACUAGUGAGAAUAAUCAAAGGUGUAGUAGUCAAUGCUUUGGUCUGUAAUUCCCGUACACACACAGACACACAGGCCUCCCUUUCAAGAUCGAUAUAUAGAUAUAGAGAGGAAUUUUUUGCACAAUAAAAGUAAUUUUUCUUUGACAAGGGAGUUGGGUUUAGCAAUCAAUAUAUAUAUAUAUAUAUAUUGUAUGAAUUGUGCAUUGAUAAUGAUAAUGCAAGUAAAACAAACCCUUUUGGACUGCCAUGGCUUUGAAAUGACGCAUCUAAUUAGAUUGGCAACAAUAGCCAGAGGAAUUGUUGUUGGUGUAAUAUAGUACUGUGAAAACAAACAAGUAGAUUACUGCCUUGUAUUUGCUUGUUAUGGGCU